CCUAUGCUUACGGUUGGCAUAUGAACAAUUAUACAAAACAAAAGUGAUCAAGAGAGAAAAAAAUCUCUAGAAACAGUUACUGAUUCAACAGUCCAAAGACUCGCAGCUAAUUUCUUCACAGUACUUGUGCAUCUUUUAUUUCAAAAUGUCUGGCGGAGAAAUAGAUCUGAUUAACAGAGAUCCUAAUAAUAUCAAUGCUCAUUUAGGGACUUUGCAUUUCAAUGACGUUUUCGGAGAACCUGAUGGGGUACACAGUAUCGAUUGCGUAUGGAAAAUAUCAGCCAAAUGUUUCGACUGCUGGAAGCUGCUUUGUUACAACAUUAUGACCAUUUUCUAUGGUAUCUGUAUUGCUGCUGAAUGGGGAUGUGAAUUUGCUAUUAUCGCUUUCUACCAUAUCUGGAUAAUUUCUCCAUGUAUGAAAAUCAUCGAAAUCAACUGUGGAAUUUGCCAGAGAAUCUAUGCUUCAGUAAUUAACUGUUGUGUUGUACCAUGUUGUGAGGCUUGUGGAUCACUCUUCACUGCAUUCAAGCAAUAAGACUACUACAGCGAGAGAUUAUAUACAUGUGCAUAAGUUUUAGUAAGAUCCAAAGUAAAAUGUUGAAGAGAAAUAACAGUUAAUUGUUUUGUAUAUAAAGCAUUGUACUCUCUAAGUAAAAAUAUAAAACUGUA